AGAUAUAAAAAGCUUCUACUUCUUUCUCUUCACUCUCACCUUCUUCAACUAUUUAUUCCAUACCAAAAAAAACAUGAAUCAUCACAAUAUAACACCUAUGAAUUUUCAACAAUUUCCUCAUCUCUUCCUACAAGAGAUUCCUAUUUUGGGAAACUCCAGUGUAAUGAAGGCUAAUAUUAAGAAGGAGGAGCCUAGUUGUGCACAAAUGACAAUCUUUUAUGAUGGGAAAGUAAUUGUGUUUGAUGAUGUUCCAGCUGAUAAAGCUAAAGACAUCAUGGACUUUUCCACCAAAGGAAUUGCUAGUACUUCACAAAACCACAAUAACAACUAUGCUUACUCUUCAUUUCUUUCUAGAAAUUCUCUUCAAGACUACCCUCAAGUACCAUCUAUACCUGUUAUUUAUGAUUUACCAAUGACUAGGAAAGCUUCACUUCAUCGGUUCUUGGAGAAAAGGAAGGAUAGAAUUGCUGCAAAGGCACCUUAUCAAACAAGUAAUCCAGCAGCAUUCCUUAAUAAGCCAAUUGAUGAAUCCAUGUCAUGGCUAUCCUUGGCACCACAAUCUGAAUGUAGCUCCACCUCUGUGUUAUUUUUGUAGGACUGAGUCCUAUACUCACAAAAAUAUGUGUACAUAUUAGUUAAUUAAUGUUGAGGCUCAUGCUUAUUUGUACUAUUAAGAAGUGUUGUUCUUAUUGAUCCCAAAAAAAUGUAGAAUUUGUUACUUAGCAUUAUUGUUAUAGAAGAUGUCCUCCGUAUCAUUCUUAUGUCGA